AUGGCAAGGAGGAGGAAGGCUGUGGAAAUAGAGGGAGACGGAGGCAUGAAAUGGGAUGAGAUGGUGAAGGAAGCUGAAGCACUGGGAGUGGGCAGAAGGGCCAGGAAGCGUUUUGUUGGGGUCAGACAAAGGCCUUCAGGAAGAUGGGUUGCUGAGAUUAAGGAUACUAUUCAGAAGAUUAGAGUUUGGUUGGGAACUUUUGAUACUGCUGAGGAAGCAGCUCGAGCUUAUGAUGAGGCUGCUUGUCUCCUUCGUGGUGCCAACACUAGGACCAAUUUCUGGCCUUGCUCUCAUUCUUCUUCAACCCCUGUUCUUUCCUCUAAGAUCACGAAGCUCCUCCUUCAAAGGCUCAAAGCAAGGAACAACUCUUGCUUUGAUUAUUCUUCUUCUGAUUUCUCUUCCUCUGUUUCCCUUCUUUCUGAUCAGCAAGAAAAGCAGCAAGCAGAUUUGUACAAUGAAGCAGAAGCUGCGGAUUUUUCAGUUGACCAGUUGACUGAUUUCCUCAACGAUCCUGAAGACUACAUCGCAGGCAACAAUGGCUUUAAUCUGUUCACUGAUCACAGUACACAAGUCGAUUCCUUUACCAAUAGUCUUGAAUCAUGUCUGACUGAAACAGAUGAAUGCAGGGAAAGAGAAAUGGGGUUGGAAAAUGAAGUCAGAAAUGUUGCUGGCUGCAACUCAGGAGGGAAAAGAGAGGAAGAAAGUGAAGAGGAAAUGAUGCAUAUGGGUGUGCAGGAUUUUGAGUUUCUGGACAAGGUUGCACCGUCAUGUUACUAUUCACCUUUUGAGAUGGCUGAGGAGAUGGAGGAUCCUGUGGUGGAGGCAGAGAGCUACGGUGAUGAGCCUUCAAUGCUCAGAGCUGCCAUGAAGAGGAUGAAGUAUGAGAGGAAGUUCUCAGCUUCCCUUUAUGCAUUCAAUGGAAUACCUGAAUGCUUGAAGCUGAAGCUUGCAUCAGGAAACUCCAAGGGAAGAGGGGUUUCUGAUCAUUUAGCCGACCUUCAGAUGGCUUGUAACAUGGGACUCGUGGAAAGGAAAGAAGAAGAAAACCCAGAGGAGUGUUCUUCAUCUUCUACCGGUGGUGAUGGUGACUUGUUGCUUUGGAAUUCACUGGAUCUUCCUCCCAUAUGUUUCGUUAACUAA